GCCCACACACUGCGAGCGAGUUUCCAGACACAAAGAAAAGUCGUUUUUCUAUUUAUUAAAAGGUUUCUCAAAUACAUUAGAGUGGUCGGUAACGAUCAAACCUCAAGGAUUACUCUGAUAAAACAAAAGCAGAUCCCAGUGUUUAUCUACAGAUCUGUGCUUUCUUGGGGAGGCGUGCGUUUUUCCCAGUGCAUUCAGAGUGCGAUGAUGUCUGCCCUCUCUGUGACCCACGCUUUGUGCUUCAGCUGUGAUUAUUAGCUGGUUUAUCUGUGUUUGGCCGUUUGAGCUUCAUCGAGAAUGUGACCUUUAUUGCUCAUAUGGAAGACAGCCGUCAGACUAUUUUAGCUGAUAUGAGCACGCUGCCCGGAUACACAGGGGCCAGAAUAUCAGGCUGCUGGGCACUCCGUACAGAUGGAGGUGGAAGUGGUGAAGACUCUCUGGACAGACUCCUCCCUGCGGUCAGCACCUCUCGCAGGAAAAGCAGCACCCUGGGUAAAACCGAACCUCCACUGCUCCGCACCGGCACACGUACCAUCUACACAGCCGGCAGACCGCCCUGGUACAACGAACAUGGAGCACAGUUUAAAGAGGCCUUUGUUAUUGGUCUGUGCGGUGGCAGUGCCUCAGGAAAAACUUCUGUAGCCAAUAAAAUCAUUGAAGCUUUGGAUGUUCCUUGGGUGGUUUUGCUAUCUAUGGACUCAUUCUAUAAGGUUCUGUCUCCAGAGGAACAAGCUCUGGCUGCCCGUAAUGACUAUAACUUUGACCAUCCUGGAGCUUUCGACUUUGAGCUGCUUGUGACCACGCUGCAGAAACUCAAACAGGGAAAAAGUGUAAAAAUCCCAGUCUAUGACUUCACUACACAUGGACGCCAGAAAGACUGGAAAAAUGUUUAUGGUGCCAGCGUCAUUAUCUUUGAAGGCAUCUUGUCCUUUGCAGACAAUGAGCUCUUGCAGCUGAUGGACAUGAAGAUUUUUGUAGAUACAGAUUCAGAUAUCCGGCUGGUACGGCGGCUGAGGAGGGACAUCACAGAGAGGGGGCGGGACAUUGAGGGGGUCAUUAAACAAUAUAACAAAUUUGUAAAACCAGCCUUCGAGCAAUACAUCGAACCCACCAUGAGACUUGCAGACAUCGUAGUGCCACGUGGUGGAGGUAACAUGGUGGCUAUUGACCUGAUCGUUCAGCAUGUUCACAGCCAGCUAGAAGAGCGUGAGAUUAGUGUCAGGGCACUCCUGGCCACGGCCCAUCAGUCCCAGCCGCUUCCUCAGACUCUCAGUGUAUUGGAAAGCACACCACAGGUCCGCGGUCUGCACACCAUCAUCAGGAACAGAGACACCAGCCGUGAUGAGUUCAUCUUCUACUCAAAGAGACUGAUGCGGUUGCUUAUUGAAUAUGCGCUGUCUUUCUUGCCCUCCAAGGCCUGUUUCAUCCGGACACCACAAGGCCAAGAGUAUGAGGGUCGCAGAUUUAGUGGGAAAGGGAUCACAGGUGUGUCUGUUCUCCGGGCCGGGGAGACCAUGGAACCUGCUCUGAGAGCCGUGUGCAAAGACGUCCGUAUCGGCAAGAUUCUGAUCCAGACUAAUCUAGAUUCAGGAGAACCAGAGCUGCACUACCUGCGACUGCCCAGAGACAUCAGUGAGGACCAUGUGAUACUGAUGGACAGCACCGUUUCCACAGGAGCGGCGGCCAUGAUGGCAGUGAGGGUGUUGCUGGACCAUGAUGUCCAGGAAGACAAGGUUUUGUUGGUGUCUCUGCUGAUGGCGGAGCUGGGUGUUCACUCAGUGGCUUACGCCUUCCCUCGUGUCAAAAUCAUCACCACUGCUGUGGACAAGAGUCUAGACGACCUCCUUCAUGUCAUUCCAGGCAUAGGAGACUUUGGUGACCGUUACUUUGGGACAGAUGGGAUUUCAUCAUGGAGUGACAAAGAGCAGCAAGAACCGCAUAGCUGCUCACCGGAGGUUUGACCCGCUGCUCAAGCAAUUCAGGCAGCUGUGGAUAGCGAGGAUCAACACUUACCGUAAUUUCAUAAAACCAGCCAGGAACAAAAAUAGAUUUGCUAGCACACUCAUGAGGUGCAGUAUUUGUCGCACUUCAUUUUAUGACCGUAUGUUCAUGAUAGGAUCUAAAAAAGAUCUAAAAAUUGUUUUAGCAGUUAAUAAUUUAAUUUACAUUUGAUAUUUUAUUCUGGAGUAUUGUUUGUUCCUUAAACACUGUCACAAUAGUUCAAAACGUUCAAACUAGACAUUUAUAUAUUUUCUAAAUAUUCGUUUUUACAUUUGUAUAAAUAUACCAAUGACUGGACCCAUAUGGCUGUUUAUCGGUUUUACACAUUCAGCUUAAAUUAUGUUUAUGUCCCUCAAUUCAACAUCGGUUCUACAAUUUUAUGAGAAAUUUCUGUUUGAUCAUUCUUGAGGCGGCUAUCUCCAAGAGAGCAGGUUGGAAGAGUUUUUCCCCCACACGUACUGCUGCAGCACUAACACCAGGGGGCAGUACAUCACUCCUGUCUCAUCGUGAUCUUGCAGGUUCAGUAAGGACAUUUCAAAACCAACUAUGGAACUCAAAAGCAUUUGGGGAAAAUGUAUUGUUCACUCAGGAGUUUAGAGACAAUUGAGCUAAAAUGUUUCUACAAUCUUAAUAAAACAUUAGAAGAAGACCUUGACCUAGCCAUGACCUUAGUAGCUCAACAGAAUAGUGACUAGAGUAAACUUGAGGUGUUUUUGUUGAGAAACCCUGAGAGGAAACAAUUGCACAUAUACUAGCUACCUUUGGGUGAAGGUGAAGGGUUCUUCACUAAGAGGUACUGAAAACAUUUCUAUUGCAAUGGAAUAAUGAAUGACCAAGUAAAAAGUGUUACACGGAAAAAGUCAUAGAAGGUUAGAAAAGAUAGAUGUGACAUCUGUUUCAAGAAAAUGGAGGAAACUUGGCAUACACAAGUCCUUUUAAAGAUCAAAUUGUUUUACCAAAUUAGGCAACUGGAAUCAAAGGGCAGCUGUCAAAGAAUUAACCUCGAAUGUUUGGCUGAAUUUAACCAGACAACAUCAAUCUCUUAAUUUAACAUUUUACAGGUGUGACUUAAUUAGCUUGAUGGAAGAGACAGAAUCUGACCCAUCUGCAUUUAGGACAAAAUAUAUUCAUAUAUUUCCCAGUAAACCCACAGCUAUGAAGUAGUUCCAGGUCUGUUGACUGCAUAACAGUUCAGUGUCACUCCGCUACACUAUUUCAGUUAUUUUGUUUUGUGGUGCAUCGUGGUUCUCUCCUGAAUGUGUGACGGAGACUGACAUGUAAGAGAAUAAAUAGUUUUUAUUUUUGUGUUUUAAUUCAUGGUUGAAGCACUGAUGUUACGUGGAAUAAUGUAUCGAUGUCCUUCUGGGACUUCAGUUGCGUUGCAGUCUAUGCAGGGUUAGAAACCAUUACAACUACUAGGAUAAAAAAGACAAUCAAUUAACAUGUUUUCCAUUAUUAUAUUUUAUUACCUAUAGAAACAAGCUUCUUUUCUAACAAUCGCUUUCUCAGUGUUGCCAGGCAUGUUAAUUAUUGAAUAUGUAUCAUUUUGACCUCUGUGUGGAGAUGAAAUUUGGACCUUCCCACUAACGUAUGCCUAGUUAUUUAUCUGUUGUGGUAAUUUGCAGUUUGUGUCCAAAUGUUGUUGGUAGAUAGCUGUAUUCUGUAUGUUUGACUCGUGUACGAUCAUUUUCUUACAAAUAUGAUGUGUUUUUAUCGGGAAAUAAUUUGUGGACAUGAUAUUAAAUUAUUAAAAACAAGUCAGGUUUUUUGUCCCUAAAGGGUUAUUUCACCCAAAAAUGAAAAUUAGCUCAUUGUUUAUUCACCCUCAAGCCAUCCUAGGUGUAUAUGACUUCAUUAUUUAAGACAAAUCCAAUUGAAAACUGUUGUUUCCCUUCCAAGCUUUAUAAUGGCAGUGAAUGGGUGAUUUUUGUCAAUGGUUUAAAAGAAGCCAAAUAAAGUGCAUCCAUCUAUAAUAGAAUGUGCCUCAUACGGCUUUGAGGGGUGAAUAAAGGCUUCCUGUUAGUGAAUUGAUGCAUCGAUAAAUUAGUCCACAUAACAUCAGUGAUUCAACUAUAAAUUAAAACACAAAAAUAACAACAAUUUCAUAGUGUGAAUACUUUUUUUCAGGGACUGUACAAGGCUGACAUUGCAGACUAGUGAGACUGGGUUGCACUCUCUCUAGGUUGCUACAACAUGCAGACACUUUCUCCAGUGUUGCUGGAGCUCUGAAACAUGGGUGACAUCUUGACUUAGCAGAGCUCUCCAUACAUUCUGGAUUCGCCUAGACAACAAACUGGUCUGCGACUGCAGCCUCAAGGUUAACCUGUUACUAUGGAAACAAGUCAGCCAAUAAAAAAACAGCAGACGGUUGCUAUGUUGACUGCACCCUUUUUGUUUUAAGGAUGACCUAUUUUUUUUUCCCAGAGCAAGUCAGAUGCAUGCUUGUGACACCUUCACACAUAAACACACACAGGGACAGAGUAAGAGAGGUAGGAAAGCAGGUUACACUUUUACAAACACAAGUUCAUGUGUUCUGGUAGAGGAUUUCAAUGAAAUAAAAGAAAAAAUCCCAUGACCUCCUC